CGGCCUGCUUUCUUCUCCGUGCGCGAGCUCGAUAGUCCAAAGUAUAAAGAAGCGCGAGCGUUAAUUUYAGUGGAAAAAAGUAGAUUCUGUAGGACCUACCGCGCGCGGACAGAAGCAAGCUUUCUCCUAGCUAUCUGUCCCUUGUGAUACAGACCUACAUGUCCAUCAGGAUAAACGGACCUCUUUCCAACUUCAGGAGUAACCAUCUUAAAAUGGAGUGGGAAUUAUGGAUUUAAAGCAGAGAGGACUUGAAAUGGGUGGUCUGCUGGCAGAGCUGCUGCUCUGGAAUUGCCUGCUGAUGGCGGUUGAUGGCUCCCCCCUCCUUCUCUUUGCCAACCGACGAGAUGUGAGAUUGGUUGAUGGUGAAGGUGUGCGUGGCGAAUCAGCCAUAGUUGUCAGUGAACUUGAAGAUGCAGCCGCAGUGGACUUCCUGUUUGAUGAGAGCCUGAUCUUUUGGACUGACGUCAGUGAGGAGGCCAUCAAACAAACCCACUGGAAUCAGUCGUCCAACUCUCUUAAGGAGGCUCUGGGAACUGGCCAAGCAGUGGUUGUGUCUGGGCUGAACAGUCCUGAUGGGUUAGCCUGUGACUGGCUGGGGAAGAAGCUCUACUGGACAGACUCAGAGACCAAUCGGAUUGAAGUCGCCAACCUGGACGGCACCUCCAGGAAAGUCCUAGUUUGGAUGGACUUGGACCAACCCAGGGCUAUUGCCCUUAAUCCUGGACAAAGAUAUAUAUAUUGGACAGACUGGGGAGAGGAGCCUCGGAUAGAACGCGCUGGCAUGGAUGGCAGCAGCAGGAAAGUCAUAGUGAAUAAGAACAUACACUGGCCCAAUGGCCUCACCAUAGACCUGGUGGAGGAGAAGUUGUACUGGGCCGAUGCCAAGCUCAGCUUCAUUCACAGAGCCAACCUGGAUGGAUCUGCACGAGAAGCAGUGGUGGAGGGCACUCUGACCCAUCCUUUUGCACUAACAUUGUCUAAGGAGACGUUAUACUGGACUGACUGGCAGACUCGCUCCAUCCAUGCCUGUAACAAACACAGUGGAGACAAAACCAGAGAGAUCCUCAGUGGGAUUUAUUCUCCAAUGGACAUCCAGGUUCUGGAGCCUUAUCGACAGCCAUACAUUCAGACUCCAUGCAGCAACGAUAACGGAGGCUGCAGUCACCUCUGCCUGCUCUCUCCACUCCAGCCUUUCUACAGCUGCGCCUGUCCCACGGGAGUCCAGCUUAAAGCAGAUGGAAAGACAUGCAAGCCAGGUGCAGAGCAGGUUUUGCUGCUGGCUAGACGGACAGACCUGAGGAGAAUCUCACUUGAUCUGCCAGAUUUCACUGACAUAGUGCUACAGGUUCAUGACAUUCGACAUGCUAUUGCCAUAGACUAUGACCCGGUUGAAGGUUUUGUCUACUGGACAGAUGAUGAGGUUCGGGCCAUACGAAGAUCUUACAUUGAUGGCAGCAAUGCCACAAUACUGGUUAACAUGGACAUCAACCACCCAGAUGGUAUUGCUGUUGACUGGGUGGCCAGAAACCUUUACUGGACUGACACUGGCACUGAUCGGAUUGAGGUUACCAGACUAAAUGGAACAUCACGAAAAAUUUUGAUUUCGGAGGACCUAGAGGAACCCAGAGCCAUUGUUCUGGAUCCUGUUAAUGGUUUUAUGUACUGGACUGAUUGGGGUCAGCAUCCUAAGAUUGAGAGAGCAAACCUGGAUGGAACAGCUCGGGUGGUCCUGCUCAACAGCUCUCUUGGCUGGCCCAAUGGAUUAGCCAUAGACUACACAGCAGGGAAGCUUUACUGGGGAGAUGCUAAAACUGACAAGAUAGAGGUGAUCAACGUGGACGGCAGUAACAGGCAGACUCUACUGGAGGACAAGCUGCCUCAUAUCUUUGGCUUUACUUUGCUGGGUGAAUACAUUUACUGGACCGACUGGCAGAGCCGCAGCAUCGAGAGGAUCCACAAGGCCACUGCCGUGCGAGAGAUCAUCAUCGAUCAGCUGCCAGAUUUAAUGGGCUUAAAGGCUACCAAAGUCACAGAGACCUACGGUACAAACGGCUGUGCAGAGAAUAAUGGUGGGUGCAGCCAUCUGUGUUUUUGGUGUGAGCAGGCAGUCCACUGUGCUUGUCCCAUGGGGCUGGAGCUCCUCUCAGACCUCCAGACCUGCGUGGUGCCAGAGGCCUUCCUGCUGUUUACCAACAGGGACAGCAUCAGGAGCAUCUCUUUGGGCACGAACAGCAAUGAUGUGGCCAUCCCUCUGACAGGAGUCAAAGAGGCCUCGGCUCUUGAUUUUGAUGUUUCAGAAAGGAGAAUUUACUGGACAGACAUACAGGCCAAGACCAUCAGCAGAGCAUACAUGAACGGCAGCUCCGUGGAACACGUCAUAGAGUUUGGACUUGACUACCCAGAAGGCAUGGCCAUUGACUGGAUGGGUCGUAACAUCUACUGGGCGGAUACUGGCACUAACCGCAUCGAGGUGGCCCGCUUGGACGGCCAGUACAGACAAGUUUUGGUCUGUAAAGACCUGGAUAACCCACGCCUGCUGGAUAACCCACGAUCUCUAGCUCUGGAUCCUGCCAAUGGCUACAUGUACUGGACAGAGUGGGGUGGUCGCCCCCGCAUAGCCAGAGCCUACAUGGACGGCAACACCAUCAGUACAUUAGUGGAUAAGGUGGGCCGUGCCAAUGGACUGACUAUUGAUUAUGUGGAGCAUCGACUUUACUGGACUGAUUUGGACACGUGUAUGAUUGAAAGCACCAACAUGCAAGGCCUUCAGAGGGAGAUUAUCGUGGAUGACCUUCCUCACCCCUUCGGACUCACUCUGUAUAGGGACUUCAUAUACUGGACAGAUUUCAACCUGCGCAGCAUUGAACGGGCUGACAAACGCAACGGGUUGAACCGCACCGUUGUCCUGCAGGGUCAGCUGGAGCUGAUGCUGGACAUCCUGGUGUUCCACUCCUCCCGUCAGGAUGGGACCAAUGAAUGCUCACAGAACAAUGGGAACUGUGGCCAUCUCUGCCUGGCCACUCCUGCUGGGGCUCAGUGCCGCUGCGCCUUCCACUACACCCUCAACCCUGAUGGGAGAAACUGUAGCUCUCCUUCAAGUUUCUUGCUCUUUAGCCAGAGGGCCAGCAUUAGCAGGAUGGUGUUAGGAGACCAGAGUCCGGACAUAAUCCUUCCCAUUCAUGUUAUGAGGAACGUCCGAGCUGUGAGCUACGAGCCGCUGGAGCACCUGGUCUAUUGGCUGGAUGGACGGCAGAACAUACGAAGGGCCAGAGAUGAUGGCACCAUGUCUUCAAUCAUAGUUAGCAGUCCUGCUCAACAAGUGGACAACCAGCUUCAUGACCUGAGCCUUGACCCCUACAGUCGCCACAUUUACUGGACCUGUGAGACCACCAACACCAUCACAGUUCAGAAGAUGGACGGUCACAUCGUUGGUGUGGUUGUCAAGGAUGAUACUGAUAAGCCAAGAGCCAUCGUGGUCAACGCAGAAAAAGGGUACAUGUACUUCACUACUGUACAGGAGCAUUCUGCUAAGAUUGAAGGAGCGAGUCUGGAUGGAACAGAGAGAGAGUCCUUGUUCUCCACUGGUCUGAUUAGACCUGUAGCUCUGGCUCUGGACAACAAGCUGGGAAAGCUGUUCUGGGUUGAUGCUGACCUCAAACGCAUCGAGAGCAGUGACCUGACAGGGGCCAAUCGCAUUGUCCUGCAGGAUUCCAACAUCCUCCAGCCGAUGGGGCUGACAGUUCUGGGGGAUCAUCUCUACUGGAUUGACCGGCAGCAGCAGAUGAUCGAAAGGGUAGAUAAACUGACUGGAGAGUUCCGCACACGCAUUCAGGGACGGAUAUCAUACCUGACAUCUAUACACGCAGCAUGGGAGAUGAACCCAUCAGAAUUUGCAUCCCACCCUUGUUCCCGAGACAAUGGAGGCUGUUCUCACAUCUGCAUUGCAAAGGGUGAUGGAACAUCAACCUGUUCCUGUCCCAUGCAUCUGGUUUUACUGCAAGACCUGCUGCAUUGUGGAGAACCCCCCACCUGCUCCACAGAGCAGUUCACCUGCUCCACGGGAGAAAUUGGCUGUAUCCCCAUGGCCUGGCGUUGUGAUGGCUUCCCAGAGUGUGAUGACGGCAGCGACGAAGUGCACUGCCCCAUCUGCUCUGCCUUCCAGUUCCAGUGUGAUGAAGGAAGCUGCAUUGAUGCUCAGAAACGAUGUGAUGGAGAACCUGACUGUCCUGAUAAGUCUGAUGAGCAUGAAUGCGACACUGUCUGCCCUCCCAACCAGUUCCGCUGUGGGGACAACCAUUGCAUCACUAAGAAACAGCAAUGUGACAAUUACUCAGACUGUCUGGAUGGCUCUGAUGAGCUGGCUUGUGAUUAUAUUUCUCCAUCCUCAAGCUUCAUUCCCAGUAAUGAAACCACCAACCCCAUUGGCCCAGUCAUUGCCAUCAUUCUGCUCAUGUUUGUGAUGGGAGGAGCGUGCUUUGUCUGYCAGCGUGUGGUGUGUCGGCGCUACAAGGGUCCUAACGGGAGCUUUCCUCAUGAGUACAUCAGUGGGACGCCCCACGUGCCUCUCAACUUCAUCACCCCCAGCAGCUCCCAACAUGGCACCUACCAAGGGAUCUCCUGUGGAAAGUCCACCCUGAGCUCAGUCAGCCUGAUGGGCAGCAGCAGCAGCGGAGCCCCUCUCUACGACAGGAACCAUGUGACUGGAGCUUCAUCCAGCAGCUCCUCGUCUACCAAAGGAGCCUUCUACCCAAAGAUCCUGAACCCUCCUCCAUCUCCGGCCACGGAUCGGUCUCUUUACAAUACAGAGAUCUUCUAUUCCUCCAACAGUCCAUCUACAACCAGAUCAUACAGGCCCUACCACCCAGUCCGUGGAGGGGCCCCUCCUACCACCCCCUGCAGCACAGACGUCUGUGACAGCGACUACACCCCCCACCACCCUCCUACGGGCAUGCUGCUGUCGGGGGGACGCUGGAAGGCCCCGGGCCACGCCGCUCAUGGCAAACCUACUAAAUACUACAUGGACCUUAACUCAGACUCGGACCCCUACCCUCCACCCCCCACCCCACGUUCUCAGUAUAUGUCUGCUGAGGAAAGCUGCCCCCCGUCCCCUUCCACUGAACGUUCCUACUUCCACCUGUGUCCUCCUCCUCCCUCCCCCUGCACCGACUCAUCAUGACCCUCCAACCACCUGGGGGAAUCAAAGGGAUGAAGUGGACUCACUUCUUUGUUCUGAAAUAAACUAAUAUGCCAACAGUCAGCCUGACGGGUGGAGGGGUGGGGAGGGGCUGUCUCAUACCUGCCACUUUAUAUGAAAAAGAUGAAGUGGUGAAGUGCCUUCCUCAAGCUUUAACAUUUUUUCCUUUAACUCUUUAGUAUGGAAAUAUGAACUGAGCAGCUGAAGAGACGAGAUCACUGAGACUGAAUACAAGCCACUGGCCGGGGCCUCUGCUCCUCUUGCCCCUCCUGCCCACUAGGCCCCCUGGCCCUUUUGCCCCAGCAUUUCACCACUGUCCUGCUCCUCUGUCAAUGUUGGCAGACACGGCAACAGCAGGAAGCAUUAGGCUGCUGACAGGAAGUCCACCUGAGUCAUAUUUUACUGAUGGAACACAAACAUCGUCCCUUGUGUUUUUCAUUCCCUUCUUCUGUCUUUCAAUCUUUUUCUGCCCCUCCGUUCCUUCCUCAUAUCCCUCUAUUCUUUCCUUUCUCUCCUUUUCUCCCUUGUGCUCAUCCUUCUGUCUUUCCGUGUACGUUUCCUUCUUUUCAUCUUUCCAUACUUUCCUUCCUUCUUUGCAUCUUCUUUCCUCCAGUCCUUUCUUUACUUUCUUGUUUUUGUGAAUUCCAUAUCUAAAUUUAAUCACGGUGGAAAUCUGUUCCUUAAAUUCAAGGUGAACUUGAGAAUUUACUAUUUUAAAAUGAACCUGAAGAACUGCUAGAAUUAAGUCUGGGAUAUGUUGAUGAGACCUGUUUAGGAGCUUCUGUGAAUGUUUUCUGGAUGGAUGGAAGCAGGUGGAUGUCAUCACAUGAUGGGUGGAGGAAGGAGUGAAUGGUGGCAGCGGGAGGCGGAUGCAGCAUCACCACCAUCACAGCAGGAACAGCUCCAGCUUUUGUACAUAAUGUGGAAUGAAGUCAGUGAACCUGUCUGUCCCUCUCCUCGUUGUCCUGUUUACCAAAAGUAUUUUGCUGCUAUUAUGUACAGAAUCAAUCAGAUACUAUGAUAUGUAAUUACACAGAAAUGCCAAAAUGAUCCACCUGAUCAUAUUGUCAUCCUGACAAUAGAUUAUGAAGCUAUUUUACACCUAAAAAUUAUUCCUAUAGCAUUUUGUCUCAUUAGUAUAUCUGUAUGUUAGCUCAGCAUGUAUUAGCCUGUCUGUCAGUGUUUGCUCUGAGGACAUUAGUGUCGCCAUGCUGGUGUCUUUAUGUUUGUCUCAUCACACACAGAUCUCAGAAUCAGCAUCUCAGAGUGCAGCUGUGAGAAUCAUACUGUGACUCCUCACACAAAACAUCCUGCAACUACCAAAGUACGCUUUACUAACAGUUAGCUUCACAGUGACCUUGACUUUUGUCACUUUUUGUAAAAAAGAAGUUAUGUUGGAAGAAAUCGUCUUAUUCAUUUUGUUUUCUUCAUGGAAAACAUUAGCCUCAGUCUAGUAGUUUAGCCACAUUGGACACAUUCAGACAUAAUUUACUCCCUCACAGAUUUCUUCUGUUUUUGCUUUUCUUUGUCCCUCUAAAAUGUUUUACAUCAUGAAAAUUUUAAUGUCAGACAAAGAUAACCUUUGUAAAUACGAGAAGCAGUUUGAGGGUUUCAUGUAUAAAGAGAUAAAAGCUGUCUAAACCAACCUGUCCUGUGGGAAGAGUAGUUGCUCCCUAAUGGCCUGUCAGGUGUUGGUGAGACAAGUCAUUCAUCCUCAUCACUGUAGAGGAAUCUUGGCCCACUUAUCUUUGAAGAAGAGUUUUAAUUCGGCCACACUGGAGGGUGUUUGAGCAUGGCCAGCCUGUUCAAGGUCAUACCUCAAGAUUUUUAUCAGAUUUAAGUCUAAACUUUGUUCAGGCCACUCUAAGACCAUUAUCUCAGUUUUUGUAGACUAGUUGCUGUGCUUAUUCAGAUCCAUGUCUGGUCUGUUUGCAUUACACCUGCUCUUGAGUUGCCUCAGAUCAGGGCAUAAUGUUGGAGCUUUAGAUGUAUUAGCCUCCUUUUAGUCAGAAAAGUUCUGUAGAAGUGAUUUCUUGACAGCCCAGGUCUGACAGUAAUUCUACCUGGAUGUGGUGAGUGCAGUUAAGCUCAGAAACAUGAUUUGUCAUUGUUCAUUUAUUACUUAACAAGCUCUCUUCAAAUUGUUUUACACCUAAUAAAUAAAAUUACCAUUUAAA